AUGACAGACUAUUCUAGCAAUACUGUGUCUCUGACUUGGUCAAAACCAAUCUAUGAUGGAGGAGCCACCAUCAGUGGAUAUGUAGUAGAGAUGAAAGAAGCAACAGAUGAUGAGUGGAUUACAUGCACACCAAGCGCAGGUGUAGAGGACACAAAUUACACUGUGAAAAGACUGAGAGAAAAUGCAGAGUACAAUUUUCGUAUUCGCGCAAUAAAUGCUGCUGGAGUCGGAGACCAUGUGGAUCUACCUGGGUCUGUGGUUGCAGCCGAAAAAGUAGAAGCACCAGAGAUUGAGCUGGACGCUGCCUUGAGGAAGAUUGUCAGCGUUCGAGUCUGUUCCACUUUACAUCUCUUUGUUACCAUCAGAGGAAGGCCAGAGCCUGAGGUUAAAUGGUCAAAGGAAGGUGACACCCUCAGUGAGCGUGCUCAGAUCGAGGUAACAAGCUCCUACACUGUGCUACUCAUUGAAAAUGUCAACAGAAAUGAUACUGGGAAGUAUGUGUUGACAGCUUCGAACUGCUGUGGCUCCAAGUCAGCAUUCAUCAAUGUGAAAGUUCUGGACUCUCCCAGUGCACCAACAAACUUGGAGGUAAAGGAUGUAAAGAGGGAUUCUGUAUCCAUCUCCUGGGAGCCACCUUUGAUUGAUGGAGGAGCAAAGAUUUCGCACUACGUUGUAGAGAAGCGAGAGGAGACUAGAAAAGCAUUCACAAGCGUCUUUAGCAACUGCAUGAGGAAUUCAUAUAAGAUCGACAAUUUACAGGAAGGAUGCUUCUAUUAUUUUCGUGUCCUGGCUGUGAAUGAGUUUGGCACUGGGCUGCCAGCAGAAACCACAGAAGCUAUUAAAGUCUCUGAGGUGCCCCUGCCUCCUGGCAAGAUCACACUCAACGAUGUCACAUGCAGUAGUGCAAGACUCUCUUGGGAAAAACCAGCCCAUGAUGGAGGAAGCAAAAUCACAUGUUAUAUUGUAGAAAUGCAAGCUAAGGGAGAUGACACAUGGACAAAAUGUUCAGAGAGUAAAGCGCUCGAUGCAAUUAUUGAUGGCCUGACAAAAGGAAAAGAGUACUUCUUUAGAGUGUGUGCAGUGAAUGAGAAGGGAAAGAGUGAGCCAAAAUGCCUGCUGGCACCUGUGAUAGUAAAGGAUAGCAGUACUGAGCCUAUGAUUAGUCUGCUGUCCAACACAUUCAGCGUGAAGGCAGGAAAUGAUUUAAAGAUCGAUGUUCCAUUUAAAGGGGUACCACCACCAACAGCAACCUGGAAAAAAGACGGCAAUGCACUGAAAGAGACAAGCAGAGUAAACGUGAACACAUCUGACACGUCAUCUCAGAUCAUUAUCAAAGAUGCAACCAGGAUAGAUGUUGGUGUUUAUGAGGUGACCCUGACCAACUCCGUUGGAACCACCUCUGCUCAAACAUUUGUUAAUGUUUUUGAAAGGCCUGGUCCUCCAGCAGACCUCAGUGUUGAUGAUGUCAGUGCUGACUUUGUGUCUCUGUCAUGGCAGCCUCCACAUUACACUGGUGGAUGUCAAAUCACUAAUUAUGUUGUUGAGAAAAGAGAUACAGGCAGUACAUUAUGGCAGAGUGUAUCAGCUACAGUUGCAAGAACAUCAAUCAAAAUUUCCCGUCUGACACAAGGCACUGAAUACCAGUUUCGUGUUGCUACAGAGAAUCGCUAUGGAAAGAGCCAAUUCACUGAGUCAGAGCCUGUUGUUGCUCAGUAUCCCUUUAAGCCACCUGGCUCACCACCCAAUCUUCAUGUUGUGCAGGCCUCAAAGUCUGUUAUGGUCAUUGCUUGGAGCAAACCGGAGAGUGAUGGCGGCAGCCCUAUUAUUGGAUACCAUAUUGAAUGCAAAGAUCAAAGCAGUAUUCUGUGGAAAAAACUGAACAAAAGCCCAGUGACGGAAAAUCAGUAUAAGGUGACAAGUGUUGAGGAGGGUCUUAUAUAUGAGUUCCGGGUGUGUGCAGAGAAUAUGGCAGGUGUUGGACCCUGUAGCAAGCCGUCUGACCCUGUAGCAGCUAGAGACCAGUGUGACCCCCCAGGCAACCUCACUGUCACCAAUAUAACUAACACUUCAGUAACUCUCUCAUGGGACAAGCCAGAAUAUGAUGGUGGAGCUAAAAUAACUGGUUACAUUGUUGAGCGCAAAGAACUGCCCGAUAGUUGCUGGCUUAAGUGUAACUUCACAAACUUAUUGGACACCUUCUUUGAAGUGACUGGCCUCACAGAGGGUGAACAGUACAACUUUCGUGUUAUUGCAAAGAAUGCAGCGGAGCUCUUCAGUCCACCCUCUGAAACAACUGGACCUGUCACAGCACAGCACAAUGUAGAACCACCCAAUAUUAUCUUGGAAGACAAAUUUCGACAGGUGGUGGUUGUCAAAGCAGGAGACCUCCUAAGAAUAGAAGCUGUCAUCUCAGGCCGCCCCAACCCUACAGUAUUUUGGCUGAAGAAUGGUAGAAAUAUUGGCACCACAGGACGAGUUGAAAUAACUGCAACAAAAACGCAUACCUCUCUGCUUAUCAGAGAAAGUGUUAGGAAAGACUCUGGGCAGUAUACUCUUACUCUCCAGAAUACAGGGGGCACCACAUCUAAGGCUAUCACCUGCAAAGUACUAGACAGGCCUGGUCCACCUGCUGGACCCCUCGAAGUUUCUGGA